AUGGCGACAAGCCCGCCCACUCAGGAAGACCAGGGCCGCUUACUCGAGGAGGCUCUAGGAGUCGUGCGGCAGCAGGCGGUCCAGAUGCGCAAAUGUCUCGAGACUCCUGGCAAACUGAUGGACGCUCUCAAAUGCGGCUCUACCUUGGUCUCGGAGCUCAGAACACCUACGCUGGGUCCCAAGCAAUACUAUGAACUCUACAUGGCUGUCUUUGACGCCCUGCGACACCUCUCUGAGUACCUGCGAGAAUCCCAUCCUGUCAAUCACCUAGCCGACCUCUAUGAGCUCGUGCAGUAUGCUGGAAACAUAAUACCCCGUCUCUAUCUCAUGAUCACCGUGGGUACAGUCUACAUGGCUGUUGAGGAUGCUCCGGUCAAGGAGAUCAUGAAGGACAUGAUGGAAAUGAGUCGUGGUGUGCAGCAUCCCAUUCGUGGACUGUUCCUGCGGUAUUAUCUCAGUGGCCAAGCUCGGGAUUACCUCCCUACGGGCACUCAGGAUGGUCCGCAGGGAAACAUCCAGGACUCGAUCAAUUUCAUCUUGACCAAUUUCGUCGAAAUGAACAAACUCUGGGUCCGCUGGCAGCACCAAGGCCAUUCAAGAGAGCGCGAGCAAAGAACGCAAGAACGGAGAGAGCUGGAACUGCUGGUCGGAAGCAACUUGGUCAGGCUCAGCCAACUGGUAGAUCUGGAAACUUAUAAAUCCGUCAUUAUUGACCCGCUGCUGGAACAAGUCGUCCAGUGUCGCGAUGUACUUGCCCAGGAGUAUCUCCUUGAAGUCAUAACCAAGGUCUUUCCCGAUGAGUAUCAUUUGCACACCUUGGGCCAGAUGCUCUCGGCCAUCUCCAGGUUAAAUCCCCAUGUUGAUAUGAAGAAAAUCGUCAUUGGCUUGAUGGACCGUUUGUCAACCUAUGCCCAAAGAGAAUCCGAAGUGGCAUCCUCGGAAGAUAAGCAAGCCGCAGAGGAAGAAGCUGUGACUAAGCUGCUGGAAAAGGUAGACUUGAACAAAGAGACCAAAGUUGAACUCACAACGGAGCCUGAAGCCCCGAGCACAAAUGGGGAUGCUAAAUCCCCAACGGAACCUCAGCCUACAGAAGAACCUGCCACUCCGGCAGCACCGAGCACUCCUGCUGCCAAUGGAGAGAAAUCGACGACUAAUAUCGACGACGUGAAGCUGUUUGAGAUCUUCUACGAGCAGGUCGUGAACCUGGUCAAGACCCGUGGGCUGCCCAUUCAAGAUACCAUGGCCCUCCUGACUUCUUUGGCUAACUUGGCACUGAAUAUCUACCCAGAACGCCUGGAAUAUGUCGACCAAAUCCUCUCGUACGCUAGAGAGAAGGGUGCCGAAUAUAUGGAUUCGGCCGACCUUCACUCCGCCGGAACACAAUCAAACAUACUCAAUCUCCUUCUGUCUCCCAUAAGAACAUAUUUCUCUCUUUUCACUGCCCUCGCACUACCAAACUACCUGCCUCUAUUCCAGUCGCAAACGUAUGCUACUAGAAGAGCUGUUGCUGGAGAGGUGGCCAAGAACAUCCUCCGAAACCGUGUUAAGAUCAGGACUUCACAGCAUCUCGAAGGUGUCCUAUCACUGCUUAAAGUCAUUAUCAAAGAAGGCAUUCAGCAACCUGGAGGCUACCCAGGUUUGAACCGUCAAAGAGGCGGGGAGUCAGACGAGACGGUUGAAGAGCAGGGAUGGCUCGCACGAAUUGUCCAUUUGGUUGCAGGGCCCGACAACGACACACAGUUGAAACUUCUCCAACAGACGCGCAAAGCUUUCGAGGCUGGAAAUGAGCGUAUUAAAUACACCACUCCUGCUCUAAUCACUGCUUGUUUAAAGCUGGCUCGCAAAUUCAAGUCCCGCGAACAUUUUGACGAUAACUGGCAGACUCAAUCAUCCGCCCUGUACCGAUUCAUUCACCAGACCUUGUCGCAACUUUAUACCCGCGUCAACCCCGGAGCGGCAGAGUUAACACUUCGAUUCUUCGUUUCCAGCGGUCAGAUUGCUGACCAGAACGGGUUCGAGGAGUUUGCGUACGAAUUCUUUGCGCAGGCCUUUACAAUUUAUGAAGACAGCAUCAGUGAUUCUCGAGCACAGUUCCAGGCCGUCUGCAUCAUAGCCGGAGCAUUGCAAUCGACGCGAGGUUUCGGGAAAGAAAACUAUGAUACACUUAUCACCAAGGCGGCUCUACACGGCAGCAAGCUAUUGAAGAAGCCGGAUCAAUGCCGUGCUGUGUAUCUGGCCAGUCAUCUGUGGUGGACUGUGGAGAUUCCAGGAAAGGAGGAAGACCCCAAAAACCUCUACCGUGAUGGCAAACGCGUCCUAGAGUGCCUGCAAAGAGCACUGCGCGUGGCCGACGCCUGCAUGGACACAGCUGUGUCCGUGGAACUCUUUGUCGAGAUCCUGAACCGAUACGUCUACUACUUCGACCAGCAGAACGAAACGGUUACAACCAAAUACCUCAACGGGCUGAUCGAACUCAUCCAUUCGAACCUGUCGAGCACGAACGCAGAGGGCAAUGCCCAGAGCAUGGAGAAUCCCAAGCGCCAUUUCUUCCGCACCAUCGAGUACAUCAAAUCCCGCGAGUACGAAGGCGUCGUCACGGAAGCGAGGCAAUAG